ACCCCAACUCAUGGAUACAGAGGGCAGAUUGGUGGUUGCCAGGGCGGCUGGGGGGAAAUGGAGCAAAAAUGGGUGACGGUGGUCAAAAGGAUGGAUAGAAUGACGGAGGAUGCUCUUCGCCUGAAUCUGUUGAAGCGGAGCUUGGACCCAGCUGAUGAGCGAGAUGAUGUCCUGGCUAAGCGACUCAAAAUGGAGGGGCAUGAGGCCAUGGAACGUCUGAAAAUGUUGGCACUGCUCAAACGGAAGGAUUUGGCAAAUCUUGAAGUGCCACAUGAGUUACCCACCAAACAGGAUGGCAGUGGUGUCAAGGGCUAUGAAGAGAAGCUCAAUGGGAAUCUCAGGCCUCAUGGAGACAACAGGACUGCUGGAAGGCCAGGCAAAGAAAACAUCAAUGAUGAGCCUGUGGAUAUGAGUGCUAGACGGAGUGAGCCAGACCGAGGAAGGCUUACUCCCUCCCCAGACAUCAUCGUUUUGUCUGAUAAUGAGGCUUCCAGUCCCCGUUCCAGCUCCCGAAUGGAAGAAAGACUCAAAGCAGCCAACCUAGAGAUGUUUAAGGGGAAAGGCAUUGAGGAACGGCAGCAGCUCAUCAAGCAGCUGAGAGAUGAGCUGAGAUUGGAAGAAGCCCGACUGGUGCUGUUAAAGAAACUGAGACAGAGUCAGCUACAGAAAGAGAAUGUCGUCCAGAAGACUCCAGUUGUACAGAAUGCAGCAUCUAUUGUUCAGCCAUCUCCUGCCCAUGUGGGACAGCAAGGCCUCUCCAAGCUUCCAUCCCGGCCUGGGGCACAAGGGGUUGAACAGAAUUUGAGGACAUUGCAGGGUCACAGUGUUAUCCGUUCAGCGACCAAUACCACCCUCCCACACAUGUUAAUGUCUCAACGUGUGAUUGCGCCAAACCCAGCCCAGCUACAGGGUCAGCGGGGCCCACCUAAGCCUGGCCUUGUACGCACCACAACACCCAAUAUGAAUCCCGCCAUCAAUUACCAACCGCAGUCAAGUUCUUCUGUUCCCUGUCAGCGUACAACAUCCUCUGCCAUCUAUAUGAACCUUGCCUCCCAUAUUCAGCCAGGGACCGUGAACAGGGUGUCCUCACCACUUCCUAGCCCCAGCGCCAUGACUGAUGCUGCCAACUCACAGGCUGCAGCCAAAUUGGCUCUUCGCAAACAGCUGGAAAAGACACUCCUGGAGAUUCCACCCCCUAAACCACCUGCUCCCUUGCUUCAUUUCCUGCCUAGUGCAGCCAAUAGUGAGUUCAUCUACAUGGUAGGCUUGGAAGAAGUCGUACAGAGUGUCAUCGACAGCCAAGGGAAAAGCUGUGCCUCACUCCUGCGGGUUGAACCCUUUGUUUGUGCCCAGUGCCGCACAGAUUUCACCCCUCACUGGAAGCAAGAAAAGAAUGGUAAGAUUCUAUGUGAGCAAUGUAUGACCUCCAACCAGAAGAAGGCUCUAAAGGCAGAACACACCAACCGACUGAAAAAUGCUUUUGUUAAAGCCCUACAGCAGGAACAGGAAAUUGAACAGCGAUUACAGCAGCAGGCAGCACUCUCCCCCACUACGGCUCCAGCUGUGUCCAGUGUCAGUAAACAAGAGACCAUAAUGAGACAUCAUACGCUUCGACAGGCUCCACAGCCCCAAAGCAGUCUCCAGCGUGGUAUACCCACGUCUGCCCGUUCCAUGCUUUCCAACUUUGCACAGGCACCCCAGCUGUCUGUGCCAGGUGGCCUCCUUGGUAUGCCAGGUGUCAACAUUGCAUACUUGAACACUGGUAUUGGAGGACACAAAGCCCCCAGUCUGGCAGACCGACAGCGGGAAUACCUUUUAGACAUGAUCCCUCCCCGGUCUAUAUCGCAGUCCAUCAGUGGACAGAAAUAACGCCUGUUCCACUUGUACUGCCCCAACCUUGUAUCCUUUACUCCUCUCCUCUCCCAUUGCCCCCAACUUCCGUCGCAUGCAGUGCCUGUACUGGUGCCUACCAUACACGGAAAACAAAACAGAAAAACAGAAGACAAACAGUAGAAAUCAACAAGAAAACACACGCCCUGCCCCACCACCUCCUCUUUAUUUCACACUGCUGCGAUCUGUUCUUCUGCCACUUUCUCUCUUCAGUUUUCUAUAACAGUGAGGUGGAUCUUUGCCUCUGAUAGAGGUCAGAAUGAGGUCCUGGGGAGAAAUCCAAGCCCUCUGACGUGUGUUUCUAAAGUUUGUUUUUAUGCUUUAAUUAUUAUUAUCAUUUUUAAUGAUGUUGUGUGUCGUCCCUUUGUUCAGUGGACGGUUAAACCUUUCUAUUUUCCCCCCAAUAUUUUUUUUUUUUCUCUUUCGUCUUUUUUUUUUUUGGUAAACACAAAUGAUAUUCAGUUAAGUGAUAGGAGCAUUGCAGUAGGGUCCCCAACUGCCAAGUAGGACAUGACUGGGAGUGUUAGGGGCAGAAGUUUUUAAUGCACUUAACCCCAGGGUCAGGGGGAGGUGGUGGCAUCAAACAAGGAGGAAUAGCACACCCGCUCUGGGGUGUCUCUGAGCUGCACAGUUCUGGAGGCAGUGUUGAGUAUUGAAGUUGGGCUCUAAGAAUGAGGGGAAAGAGCCUGGAAGGAGAAGCUUUAAAACUUAACCACCCUAGAAUUGACCCAUAAAGAAGGGGGAGAAAGGGGCGUGACAAUGAGCAUAAUGUUGAGCCAAGGAGGACUGAGACCAGGUCCUGGCCUUCUGGAUGCUGGGGGAAUGAGAUUGGUCUCCUGACCCCAGUGGAGACACAGGAGUCUAUUCCAGGCCAACUAGCCCCAAAUUAUUUCAUCUUAUUUUCUUUGUAAAAUUCUCCCCCAUCCCUGUCUCUUUUCUUUUCUUUUCUUUUUUUAAAUCCUAAUCUGCCCUUGGUAACCACAGCCCCAUCUGUAAUAUAGAGGAGUGGCUAUUCCUAGCCUGACUUUGCUGUGUGUCCUGGACAUUGGAUGGACAUGAGUGAGUGAAAUGUCAAAGGGAGGAAAUAGAGGAAGAAAGAAAGAGGGGUUUCCCUCCCAACAGUUGCGACUUUCCCAUUUGUCUCUUUACCUUCUGAGCGCCAGGAGAUGAGGGUGAGGGCACCUAACAGAUUGGAGCGCUGCCCUGACCCUGCUGCACUAACUGCAGAGCCAACCGCUCAAAGCCAGACAAUUCAUGUCAAAACCAAUCCUGGACUUGUGCUAUACAAGUAGAUGUUGUCUUUUUUCUCCCCAGAAUUCUAUAAAUUUUGCUUUUUUGUUUGUUUUUAUUUUUUUCUUAAGUGCUACUAAUGUAGAGAAUGAAUUGAAUUGUGCAAUGUUGCUGUUCUGGGGAUUGGGGAGAUUAGCAUCCCAUUUGCCCAUACUGUGGGGGAAGGGGGAGGGGACCAGGCUGUUUUUGAGGUAAGGGAAGCCCCUUAAAGGUAGAGGUUUCUGCUCUCCUCAUAGUGUAUGCCCACCUGCCUCUCCAGCCGUAGAAGCUGCCAGAGUUCAAGGAAGGGAUACUCUCAGCAAAGAGGUAUGAAGAGAGGAGUUUAACAUUUUACCCUUGAAAGCAACCUGGAGAAGGUCCCCCACUUUUAUUUUUAAAAUUAAAUAAUUUUUUAAAGUAAGAAGGCACUUUUAAAAUUAACACACACACAAACUGCACAUCCUCCCCAUAAAGUUUGGGGAGGGGAUGGGAGAAGGAGCUGGAAUCAGGCUCAGUUCCCCCCACACUGGCCUCUACUCCCCAUACUCCAGAGCCACUGUGGGUGAUUAUACUGGCCCUACGGGCCUUCCUGGCUUUUUUUUCUUUCCUCCCUUCCCCCAAAUUCAUUGAGCACUUAAUAAAGGAGCAGAGAUGCAGCCUGUGUCUGGGCUCCCCCAGUGGUGAAAUGAUCUGGAAGCUAGACGCUAGUAACAGGUAGUGAUGGGGUCGUUUCGAGUAUUUUUCUGGGGAAUGUGGAACCCCUGACUGUAAGUGGUGGGAGAGGGAGGGGGGUUAGUGGAACUGGGUCUGGGAUUAUUUUAAAAUUAUAUAUAUAUAUAUAAAGAUAUAUUCUUACAUCUCUCCUUUGCCCUCUGUGCUUUGAAAGCACUGGAUAAAUCGUUUGGUUUUGCUUUUCCCUCUUCCACAAAAUUGGAAGCUUUUUAAAAAAUAUUUUCCCUGCAAGUCAUCUUGCCUUGUGGCAUGUCUGUCUAGCUUCUUCCCCCCCCAGCCCCCAUGAUGAAGUGCCAUUUCUGUUAUGUCUCCCCUCCCCCAGCUCAGAGGUGCUCAGAGGUACGAGGUACCCAAGUUUGUCAAUUGAGAUUAAAAGUAAGGAACAGAGAAUGUGCAAUACCGUCUGGCUGGGGGGUGUCCCUGCCCUGAGCUGAGUCCCUUCCCUGGGAGCCAGGCCACCUUUGAAUGGGGCUUGGAAGUAAUAUGUGUCGAGAAUGGGGGAUGAUGGGGAAGGAAAGCCUGUAGUCGAGUGCCUGCCAAGGUGCUGAGGCGAUAGGGGAGAGGAUGGAGUCUUCCCUGUUUUUAUCCCCUCAGGGUCAGUUACACAGAGGCUGCUUGUUGACUAGUAUAGCUCCGUGACCCUUUGCUCAAUCGCUGAGGUUUGAUUUCUUACCCUCUCUUCUCCCCAUUUUCAUACCCUUCCCAGGGAUUAGUGACAGGGGUGAGGUUCCCCUAAUCAUGGUAAAGUAUUAGCCUUCCACCUCCUCCCUUUCCUCCCUCUCCCUCAUCCUUCUGUUUUCCUCAUUUCUCUACUUUUUCACCACUGAUUGCCUUGUGUCCCUCCAAGUCUAUUGUUGCUGUCCAUCCCCAGGCCUUGGGCCCCAUAGACACUAAACCUCAUGCCCUAAAGAUAGGAGGAAAGACCCUCUGUUCAGAGUUAUUUUACCCCUGGAGCAUUGAAGCUCAGGGUGAUACUAGAGUGAGGAUCCCACCAGUUUUGCCUGGCUUCCUCCAUCCCCAGAGGCUUUAAAAGUAGUAGUAGUUUAUGGACAGUGGCUUACUCUCUAGAAGCCUGAUACGGGUGGAUAAGCAGUAAGGCUUGGGUAAAACUGAGGGACAGAGGUCCUUAUUGGUUUUUUUUUUUCUUUUUUUUUUUGUCAUUUGACCACAGCAUCUGGACUUCUUUCAUCCCUGGAAUAAGUACUUUUUCCACAUUUUUUGGAUGUAUGUAUGGUAGACAAUUUUUUUUUAAGACACAGAGAUAAAUGUUUUCCUGCUUUGGUUACCUUUCCUUUCCCCUUUAAAAGGAAUUAGCUAUAGAACUGCUUUGUAAAGAUGCUUCUUGAUAUUUUACUUUUGUUCCUUUUCCCCAACCACUCCCUUUUCUCCCCACUUCUCCAGAAGGCAUAACCUUCUCUCCACACCCCACACCCCAGUCCUAGGCUCCCUUCCCCUCCAACAAGACCUUCAUUAGCUUAUGAUAUUUGCUGCCGAGAUGUUAUAACAAGGACUCAUUCGUGUAUAUAAGCUA